AUGCUCGAAUAUGACCCCGCUGACAGAAUAAGCCUGGCUGCUGCCAUCCAACAUCCUUUUUUUCUCAAUUUGCCCGCAAAUCAACGCUUGUCUUAUGCACCUUAUUCAGGCUACUCUCAAACUUCUGGCCGUGGGCACAGCCAUGGCAAUAGCAAUAGCAAUAACCACGGUCAAAAUAACACUUUUAAUAAUCACCAAAAUCAGCAAACUGGAGGGCACCCAACAGGUGUGAUUGCUCCUGGAAAUGAUAACAGUAGUAGUAGCGGCAGCAAUAGUGCAGGUGGGCCGGAUGGGCAAAUUAGAGCUCGCCAUCCACAUGGAAACAAUAACAAUGAUCAGACUGGCUAUGACUUGAAUCAGGUCGGAAGCAUCAUUUUGGGUGGCAGUUCUAGAGUUGGCCCGCGUAGAAAGGAGUCUCGUCGAGACUCAGACCUUGAAACUGUGCGAUGA